GUUAUUGCCUCCUUAUACCUAAUAUCAUUCACGUCUUCGCUUGAUGGCUCCAUUAUGGCAAUUGCUCUUCUAGGAAUAUCGACAAACCUCACUUUAGGAGACAAAUAUGUUGGAAUCGCAAGCCAUGUCGUUCUUACGCAGACAGUUUUUCAGUCAGGGUUCGCUUAA